AACCUCGUACCCGCAUCAAGUUCACCAUGCAGCCCAGCGCCGGCUGCUGGGCCGCGCGCCGCCUCCUUGCCUCGCCGGCGCCCACGCCGGCCGACCAGUCAAUGGACGCGGAGCGGGCGCACCUCGAGAGGGUGCUGGGCGUCACCACCAUGGUCCUCCUAGUCGCCAGCUUCUCCUACCUCGCCGUCAGCACGCUCUACGGCUGCCUCCGCGCCGCCCGCGUCGUCCACGCACCGCCCGGCAACGACGACGACCCGGCGCCGGCGGAGACGCGCGACGACACCAAGCGCGCGCUCGACGGGAUCCCCGUGCGGGUCGUCGUCCUGCAGCAGUUCAUGCCCGACGCUGACGGUGGUCGCAACGAUGACGCCGACGCCGACGCCGACGACUGCGCGGUGUGCCUGGCGGAAUUCGCGGCCGGGGACGAGGUGCGCGUGCUCCCGGCGUGCCGCCACGGCUUCCACAGCGAGUGCGUCGACCGCUGGCUGCUCACGCGCGCGCCCACCUGCCCCGUCUGCCGCGCCCCGGUCGCCGCGAGCGGUACGAAGCAGGACUGCGCGGCCGGGCACGGCCACGACGUCGGCAUUGGUGGCGACGAGUACCGUGCGAGUGGUGCGAUCUCGGCGGUGUCACUUGUGGAGUAGAUUGCCGCGCCGCCACGGUUGCACAUCACCGCCGGAGUAGUAGUGGCAGUAAUCUCUAGAUUUCGUCACAAUUUUGAUGUCUCAAAGAUUUGUUCAUGUCAGUUGUUAUAACAUCACCCAGAUUAAUAACGGUUAACCAGACAGAUGAAAAUUCAGAUUUCAA